AUGAGGAAGAGCGACGAACAGAAAAUACAUGUUACUGAAAUGAAGAUGUUGCGCUGGGUGGAAAUACAGCAUAAGAUGCAGGAGGGCCGAUUACGCUGUUACGGGCAUAUAAUGCGUAGAGACAAAAGCUACACGACACAGCGAGUAAUGGUUAUAGAUGAAGGCAAAAGAGGUAGAGGUCGCCCACUUAUCACCUGGACUAGAACCGUUUUCAAUGGCAUGAAAACUCCGGGCCUAACACCAGAAAUGACACAAGACCGUAUUAAAUGGCGGACAAGUAUCAGGAGGGCCGACCCCAAAUAG